CAGGAGCGGACGUAACCCCAGUCGGUACAGUCAUUUUCUUUCCUCGUCUUCCCAAUGACAGUUCCAGAUAUCUCUUCUCUCUACAUCACCAAUUCCUCAUCCAGGCUUUCGUUCUCCCAUGACAUUACUGACAGCCACAUCCUCAACGACCAUGACCUCCACAAGCUCAAAUGCUACGCAAAAUCGCUCCCGUACACUAUCGAGUCGACCUCAAGCAUGAUGGAACUCCUUGACUUCAUCAUCCUUCGCAUCGUGCAGUGCGUCGAGGCGAGGGAUUAUGAUGUUGGGCUCCUGCAGUGGGACAGUAUGCUCAGCUACUACUGGACCAUGCUCAAGUAUCCCAUUCCCAAGGAGAAGAGAAUUCGUCUCGCCAAGAUUUAUUACUAUGUUAGCACGAUACCCGGCAUGUCUACUCAAAUGGUGGCGACAUGUUCAGAUGCUUUCAAGCUUUUAACAAAGUCCAAGAAAUGUAUCUCUGUCGAGGAUAUGCGCCUACCCUGGAGGCCAAUAUACGACAUACUAAAGGAAGAUCUCUUCUUGAGCCGGAGGCAGUUCGAGUAUACGCAGCUGUCGUGGUGUAUGGGCUAUAUGGCUGAGAAUUCUCGAAAGUUUUUUCAUCCUGCCGCUAUCGAUGAGAUGCUCUCUACUUUUGUCCCACAGUUUAACGGAACUGACCUGGAUAGCGUACUGUCUUCGCAAUAUUACCUUCUUACCUUCCUUCCAUUAACCCAUCCCCAGUCGUAUCUCCCCAUGCUUCUUCGGAUGUGGGAAUCUAUAAACUCCUACUUCUACGAUGAACGGAUGUUGCAUUUUCUCUCGAAAUUGACGGAAAUGCACGUAGCACCUGAAAUCAGUGACCCACGUAAGCUUACGGAGAUACCUGAUGACGAGAGGUCUGAAGGCGAGCGACGGCCAAGGUGGUCACAAGAAGACCUAAAGGAAGACGCUGUCUGGCAUGGCCUUUACAAAGAUGUAGGCAUAUUCACUGAACAUGAGUGGGGCCUGUUGAUGUGUAAAUGCCUUGCGUCGAUGGGUACGAAUUCUGUGAUUUAUUCAGGUACAGAGCUCAUUGAUACUGCAGAAAUACCUCUGGCCGACACUGGCUCUCUAAGCACUGCUCCAACUGCAGACAAUCAGAUGGGAUUCGAGAUGGGCCGUCUCCCUAAAGCCAACUGGAGAAUACCGUCUCUGGCUCGCAUUAUUGUCUACUCAAUGGCUCCGGAUGGUUUCCCCAGCCCCGUGUCCACGGUCUCCACGCCUCUGAUGACGCCAUUACCAUCCGGAAUGAAUACACCGCAAAUUCAGUCUAGCACUUUAAAAGAAUUUCUGUCUGUUCCUCUGGGGAAACCUGCGCCAUCUAAAGGUCAAACAUACUUAGCCGGAUCAAAAGCUUUGGAUUCUCUAGCCAAAUUGAUCGCGUCGACUGAAAGCUUCUUCCACCCGUCAAACUCUGGGGCGUGGACUACCGAUCUAAGCGCGUUCAUCAAAUAUAUUGUCUACGAUUUCAACAAGCGGUGGCAUGAGGAGCAACGGUCCGAUUGCAAAACUCCAUUGAACCGAAGGUUGACAAGAACCAUGAAGCGAGAGCUCGUCAAGUGUUUGAGAACUGUAGCCCUUCUGGCGAUGUUCUCACAAGAUAAUAACACCGUUUCGAACAUCCAGAGCUGUUUGAAGUCUAUGAGUGUCAUGGAACCUGACCUCAUAUUACACCCUGUUCUCCAGCGUGCAGUUCCUUCGCUCGAGGCGCUCGUCGAGACUCAAAGGACGAUCGCCGUCAUAAAAGCCUUGGGCGCUGUUGCGCCAGCUAUCGUUUCUCGCGAGGUCUACUAUCCGGGAGGCAAGUAUCUUGUACCUAUACUACAGCUCCUGAUCCCCGGUAUCGAUCUGAAUGAUCCUUCGAAGACGCUUUGCACCACAGCUUUUUUGGUGGAAAUAUCUCAAUAUAUCAAGUUCGGCGACCUGACCACGGGUCAAGACCAAAUGUCUAGUGCUCCAGAAGUCGAAACCACUAUUCCCACUCGGACGGCUUCGACUUUGCCAUCUCUCGCUAAUGGUGAAUCUCCCGAUCUUGUCGACGAAGAGCCUAGACUCUCCAAUGAAGAUGAAGAUACGCUGUUGAAGGACACCACAGGAAGUUUUGCGGACUGGGUUACAAGCUUCAUUCGUCGUGUGAUACAGCUGCUUGAGAAUCUGCCAGAGGAAGGCCCCAACGGGUCAUCUGGAGGGGCUGUCGAAGUGCAGGUGGUGGAUGCUGUCGCUGGCGCUUGCAGCCAAAUCUGCGUCCAUCUAUCUGAGCCACUGUUUGAUCUAGUACUCAAUAUGGUCUUUGACUACGCGAGCACGAAUGUGCGGCCCAAUGCCGUCCGAGCUAUUCAUCAGUUAGUUGAAUGUAUAGCUAAUGCAGAUCCCGCCAAAACCCUGGCGAGGUUUUUACCAUUUUGCUCUCGGAAUAUCCGGACGGAGUUGGAGAAUGGUGCUUCGUCGCUUAGAACGACAUCGGCCUCGAUGCCCAUUCCCUCAGACGCUACUUUGCAUUGGAAUCUGGCCAUUUUGCGGGGUACUGUGUACAAUGACGGCAAGGCGAUAUUGAAAUACAAGGAUGAAUUGAUGUCUUUACUCCAAUUUUUGCAUUCCAAGGCGUACUCAAAACGCGGCUACUCUUGGCUGGGAAAAAUGCUAUCAAGCAUGCUUUUAACACUCACGCACACAUAUCCCUUGGAGAACAAAUUUAUAAAUCCAGAUGAAUGGAAGAGUGACGAAUUUCGGUGGAAUCAUCAUCGUCAUUGGGGCAAACUGUACAAAGCCGAGGAGAUUGAGGUGUCAUGGCAUAUUCCGAAUACGGAGGAAAUCGAUUUCGCCCUUCAGAUUUUUCGGGAACUGGUUGAGCCUGCUUUGUCACGUCUCGAAGAACUUUUGCAGCCCGAUGUCCCUCGCGAUGCUGUAUGGCGUAACGACUUUUGUCGCCACCUUGUUCUUAUUCGGAAUGCCUUUUCAGGGGUGCCCACUAUAGCGAAGGAACACCUAUCCGAUGACGAUAUUCGGGCUUCUUGGCAAACAAGUGAUAUUCUUGAUGAGAUCCCCGAGAUGCUGGCGUCGGUGGAACCAAAAAAUGCCGGAUUUUGCUUGACCGAUCCAAGCGAUCCUCGUCAUCGAUAUAUUCGCGGUUUCAGACACAGAUUCGGGGUCUUCUUGCACAACGCGUCCAUAUCUCUACGUCAGCAAGGAGAAGAGAAUAGCGUUGAUGCCGUUCAUGUACUUAUACAAGGUUUCCGGGCCUACCUGCUUGAAUAUGGAGAUAGUAGAGACAGCUUCUUUCUGAACGAAGAUCAGUUCAAUUCCGAAAAGAACGUCUCACGUCAGUAUGCACGACAAAAAGUGUGGCCUCGGGCAGUUUACGUUCGCAAAGCUAGGUAUCAGCAUGCCGCGAGGCUACGUUGGAAUUCAUUGGAACGUCUUAGAGGUCCACUUGAGGAUAGCUUAAUCGACGACCUCGUUGAAUGGUCUGUCUGGCAUUAUGCGGUCAUAAGAGAGACAAGCCAGAAUUUGCUGGAAAGCAUGUGUGGGCUCUACGAUGGUGUCCGUCGACGGGCUCUUCCGGCGCUCUACAAGUCCUUAGAGCCUGGCACUGAUGAUGACCGAAUGAAGGGAGCUCUCUGGACUUUGAACUUCCCUUCCUUUGGGCGAUAUGCGAUUUCAGAGCCAACUUUAGCCGCUACUUUAGUGCCCAAGCUUUUAAGCUGUCAGCAUAAUGAAAAACCUUCUAUCCAAGACUGCGUCUCUGUAGUUUCUGAGAAUUGCGUUACAAGUUUUGUUGAACCAUGUUACCUUGUUUACGAUGUCUCUUGUCCAGCAUUGGACAAAGCCGUCAAACGCAUCAAACACAUGCUUCCCUAUGAUGCUAAAGAGGCAGACAUCACCAACCGUUGUCGGCAAGCUAGAAUACGGCGAGUGCGCCUUAUGAAUGAAGCUGCUGAACAUACAACACAUUGGCGAUACGAAAUCGCAGCCAUUCGAUGUUUGCGUACACUACUCAGACGUGACAUGCCCUUAACUUCAGAGCAAAUUCGUUUCUUCGCAGAGCGAACUCAUCAUAGUCAUCCGACAUUACUGACAAUCGAGCAGUACGCUCAACGUUCUGUGAUGAAGGGCCUGAGGAACCUCAAAUUGCGCACUUUGUGUCCUAAUCCAGUGGACCUGUUCUUGGCUAGAAGCCCAAAUCCAUUGAAAGAUGAGAUCGCGGUUCAUCCAUCUCAGGCCUUAACAUCAAAGUUUUUAGCCGCUUACAAAGUUCCGUUUCAGUAUGACCAAAAGCAACCGAUAUUUCUGGAGACAUUCUCUCAAGGCUGGGUGGCUUGGGGUACGAGUAUCGGUCUCUACAGGCCACCACAUGCUGCCAAGUCGACGUUUCUGCCGUGGGAUCCUUCUAGUCAAGAGGCCAUCAUAGCAUUGAGAGCAGUGACUACAGAUUCGUCGUACUGGAAGAACCUUUCGACGUACUUCUCAGAGGAAAGUCAUGAAGUUUCGUUAACUCAAGAUAAUGUCUCUUGCGUCAAGUCAAUAUUCCAAGUACUUGAGGAUGCCCCGUUUCCCGCCUUGAAACCUACAUUGGAAGAACUGAUUAAUGAUAAGGAACCUGACAAGCAGAGAGCCGCUGCGGAGUUAGUUGCUGGGGUACUUGGGGGUUCGAAACAUUGGCCGCUGAACAAGCAGAAGGUCUUAUGGGCGUGGUUCAAGCCACUAAUCAAGCAAAUCUUCAAUAUGAACUUGAAGUCCGAUACCCUCCUGGUCUGGACUUCGUUCUUGGAGUAUACGUUUUAUAAAAAGGAUCCUCGACGGGUGCAGCCCAUCUUCGACUACCUCUUAGAGUCAUUCAAAACGAUGGACUACAACGCUGAACUGUCCUUCGACGUUGUCAAAAUCCUAUCCUUGUUCAGGACAUGCUAUGAAGAACUUGGUUGGAAGUUCUCGGCCUGGAUGGAUGAGGUUCUUCAGCGAUGUUGGAAGGAAAUUUACAGCGAACAUGAUGACGUACGCACGUAUAUCGCUGAAAUCCUUUGUUUCGCAGAUAAGAUCAAGUGUACCCCUCGAGCCACGAUACCCACCACCGAAGUAUUUGUCAAAGAAUGCCGAAUGCUACCAGUAGACUAUGACAUUAUGGGUAUGCGAGGCACGUAUCAUAAAGGACGGAUCCUGGAGCUUGUGGACAGCUUCAAGGUUUGGCGAGAGGAGCGAAUUCCGGGCGUCCGUGCUUUCCAGUCCAAAUACGAUCGAGUAGGCGUUAUGGUAUGCAAGUGGCUGUUCGAGUCGGUUCACGACACGCAUGCGAUCUCCGUCUUCGAUUACAUCCUACCACUCAUGCACGAGCUCUUCUGUUUCACCGAAGUGAAUGACAACGAUGAGCUUGCAAACCGGGCACACGUUCUCCUUGUGAGGAUGUGCGGUGUGACACCACCAAGAGCACUGAUAAAUCCUAUAUUGGAUGCUAUAUUUGAAGCUAUCCAGGCAUCACCGUCUUGGAAGGUUCGACUAAAAGCUCUGCCUCUUGUCCAAGUAUUCUAUUUCCGCCAGGUCCCUCUGAUCACUGAAGCCAAGGUAGUCGAAAUUCUUGAGGUACUCUGUCAAUGCUUGGAUGAUGAAGUAGUAGAAGUGCGUGAGAUGGCUGCCACCACGCUGUCUGGUAUCCUCCGGUUGUCGCCCAGAAGGAGUGUACUUAUCCUGAAGGAUCGCUUCGUUAAGCUAGCCAGGAAUAGUCGGAUUCCAAUUAGACAAAACCCUGAAUACAAUUCAGCGAUACGUCGGCGACACGCUGCCAUACUUGGGAUAUGUGCUUUGGUGGAGAGUUACCCUUAUACCGUCGAAAAAUGGAUGCCUGAUUUAUUGACGACUAUUCUGGCGGAACACACAUAUGAUCCUAUACCCAUCUCUACUACUGUCCGCAAAUGUGCAAGUAAUUUCAAGCGGACACAUCUAGAUACCUGGCACGAAGACUCAAAACGAUUUGACGAGGAUCAAUUAUCGGCCCUGUCGACGUUACUGACCGGAUCAUCUUACUACGCAUGACGUGCUGUGGAUCUAACGCCGCAUGUGCUCAUAUAUGAUUUAGUGUAAUUUCAUGCAUUAGAACGUUACAAAGCUUUUGUCCAUGUAGGUAUCAUCGAGUACAAGGAAUGUAAUUUCCAAGUCCCAAACU